AUGACCCAUUAUGUUAGUUUUCACUUUUCAGUCUCUCUAUGCUGUCUUUUUACCUUCCAGCACACACAGUACAUUUUCCAUACCUUUGUCUCCCUUCCUUUAUUCAAAGGUCUAACUGGAGGCACAGACAAUAUGAGUCUGGAGUCAGGGAUGAGUAAUCUGACAUGUGAUUGUCCCAUCGACAGCUUCAAGCGCAGUGUGUUUCCUGCUACGUACCUGCUCCUCUUCUUCCUGGGCCUAAUAGCCAACACCGCCUCCCUCUGGGUCUUUCUGAGCAUGUACAGGAGGAGGAGGAGCAUCACCAUGGUCAACCUGUACAUGGUGAACCUGCUGAUGUCUGACCUCAUGCUGGUGUGCUCUCUGCCUCUCAGAUCAGCAUACUACCUGCUGGACUCCCAUUGGCCGUUUGGGGACCUCACCUGCCGCCUGGUCUCCUACGUAUUCUAUAUCAACAUGUAUGGCUCUGUCUACUUUCUGCUGGCCCUGAGUGUCCUCCGUUACCUAGCCGUAUCACACCCCUACACCUUCAUGAGUCUGGAGGGUGGAUCCUGUGGUUGGGGAGGGUGUCUACUCAUCUGGAUCUUUGUGUCCCUGGCCUCUACACCCCUACUGAGUAUUGGGACUAUCCAGGAGGGGGAAGAGCAGACCCGCUGUCUGGAGCUGGGCAGCAGCUUGGGCACCAUCAUCCUUCUGAACCGUGCUGCCCUGGUGGUGGGCUUUGCCUUGCCCUUCACUGUCAUCUCUGUCUGCUACAUGUGUGUGCUGCUCAGCCUGAGGCAGUGUAGGGCUGGGGUGGAGGGGAUGAGGAAGCCCUCUACAAGAAAGUCUUGUGCCCUUGUCAUCCUCGGUCUCUGCAUCUUCCUGAUCUGCUUCCUGCCCUAUCAUGUGGUGCGAACCCUCUUACUGGCAGCAGAGCGGAAUGCUCAACUAAAUGGCUGUGAGGAUUCUUGCAGCUACCUCCAGGGGAUUCGGAAGGCUGCCGUGGUAACGCUCUGUCUUGCAGCGGGUAACAGCUGCCUGGACCCGUUCCUUUUCUUCUUUGUGGGAGAAAACUUCAGAGAUUUCUGCACAAAAAAUUGUGGGAGGCAGAGUAGAGUUAUUAACAACACAGAGAGACCAAGGAUUCAAGAGCUGCAGCCCAUAGAAUUAACAGUCAAUUUAUAAUAAACUUGACACUUCAAGCUUAUCAAAAAUGUUGCAUUCACUUUCACGUUCAAAUAAAAUGUACACCUAGUCUAUGGAUGGAUGAUUUGUAGUUAUAAAAUUCCUGUAGAGCCAAAUUGUUUGUGGAUUUAUAAUUAUGGGAUCAUUGAAAAUAGGUUUAUGAUGAGACUAGGCCUGGGUCUUCUUCAAAAAUGGUGGCUUUUUAACCAGCAGACUUUUUUAAAUGAUUGAACUUGUUUUUUUUAGCUAAAACCCCU